UCUCUCGGGCUGGAUCUUGAUGCCGACCCGUAACCCCAAAUACCUUCUCCCCACCAUCAACACUCCGUCCUCAAUUUGGAUCCGGGUCCGACCGCCCUUACCCUCUCGGAGGACGAAGAUGAUAAAAAUUUCCAAACCCGAGUCAUCAAUUCUGAAAGAAAAUGAUUUUGGAUUUCAGGUUAUGAAUUCGGACCCCGAAUCCGGCCCAGAGUUACCCGGCCAUUCAAGCGGCUGAGACGAGGAACCGCAAUCCGGGAAUCGAGAUUGAAGAAGAAAGAAAAGGACUCGGUUUUGUGUGAUAAUGGUGAUGAUGAUAUUGAAGAGUUCUCCUCGCAGGAGGAUUUUUUUAGAGAUGCACAUCCAUCAAUACAGUACAAUUCUGUACGUAGUUCCAUUGCAUGGUUCUGGGGUUCUGAAUAAAUCAUCAAGCCAGAAGAGAAUGGAACAGGCUCCAUCCUAUUCCUUCGCAGAGACAGGCCGCAAUUGCUCGGUAUUUCCAGAGUUAACCAUCAGUCCUCUCCGAAGGUUUCAGUUAGUUGAUUCUGAUUCUGAAGAGCCUCUUAUGAAUGAAGAUGUAAGCAGAAAGACUCCAAGAACUGAUUCAUCUUUGAAGAAGCAGCAGCCUCCUGCAUGCGAACAAAAAAGAAAUCAAUCAGCUGAUAAGCAUCAGAGUGAGGAUUUGUGGAAGGAUUUCUGUCCACUAAAGAGUUUUCACAUUCCGACACCUGUUCUGGAUGAGGUCUGCAAAGAAUAUUUCCAUUCCUUUCAAGUUACGAACGCAGCUCAGAAACUGGAAAGUGAUUUAUAUAAAGUCAGAGUGGGCUGUCAUGAAGAUGUAAAUAACAUCAAAGGCUUUGAGCAAAGAUGGAAUUUGGCUGACCCUCUGCCUCCAGUUCAUCAUUAUUUCUUCCAUGACGAUCCAAGGAUUCAGACAUUAGUCCGCUGUCGCUUAUCUAACUGUUCCCCAUUUGGCAUUAUUAACAAGGGAAAUCAGCAGCAUAGCGAAUCAGUCAUUAAUUACAUGAGUCAAUUCCAUGAGGAAGCUUCUAAGCAGGGGGAAACUCGGAGAAGUAACAGUGGGAGAGGCUCAACAAGGGGAAGAAACAAAUCAAAGAAAUCAAAUGCCAGAGAAGUCGGGCAUGCUUCGGAAGUCUGGGUAGAUCCCAAAAGCAGUUCUACCAUUCCAAAGGAUGUUGGGAAAAAACGCAUUCAUGCAAAUGGUCAAGCUGCUGGUCGAUGGUUUACAUCCUCCGACGGCAGGAAGGUUUAUGUUUCAAGAAGUGGUCAGGAGUUGAAUGGUCAAAUUGCCUACAGACACUACAGAAAGGAGAGUGGAGGGUUCAGAAAUUCAAAAAAGAAAACCAAUGUCAAGAGGAAGAAAGGCUGAAUGUGGAUGCAUUUCAUUCCUGUAAACAUUGCAGAUUAAAUUUUUCAUGCAGAUCAUCUACAUUCAAGUUUGAUCACAAGCAUUCAAGUUUGUACACUUGCCAAUCCUAGUUUUAAAACUUCUGCAAAGCAUCAUUUAUACAAGGAAAGCUCAUUCAAAUCCUCAAAUCACAAGAAGAUAAUGGGAGCAAAAUCUAUUAACCAUUAAUCUCGGCAAUCUGCAGACUUUUAUUUAGGAAAUUUAGUUAAAUGAAAUCGGGAUUUUGCUAGGUAAGGCUCCUGCUCAAUUCGAUGGUUUCCCUUGCCUGCAGCUAAACUAGCUUAAGCCUGGCUAAAAUACAGGCCUAAUAAAUCACAAAAGAAAUUCUUGGUCAA